AUGGAGUGCUUUCUGCAUGCCAGGGCACAAGAGACAGUACAUGGAGGAUUGAUGGUACUUGUUACUCCUGGUUACCUAGCUGAUACACCUCCUUCUCAUACUCUGGCAAAUGUCACCUAUCAAAUUUUAGGAUCUUGCCUCAUUGACAUGGCUAGGAAGGGAGUAGUCAAUGAAGAGAAAAUAGAUUCAUUUAAUGUACCUAUAUACUAUGUGUGUCCCCGAGAACUGGAAGAUGUUGUAGAACAAAAUGGAUGUUUUAGCAUAGAGAUAAUGGAACACUUACCUACUAUGAUGGAAUCUGACACUAUUUCAAAAAAUAGCAAACAUGUUAGAGCUAUCAUGGAGGGGCUCUUCAUGCAGCAUUUCGGAGAAGAAAUCUUAGAUGAGCUCUUCGACUUGUUUCACACGAAAGUAAAAGAGCAGGACUCCGUGUUAGAAUAA